AUGUCCUCAAAGGCUCAAAAAUUAGUGCAGCUUGCACUGGAGGAGGAAAUCGAUUCUCGAGGAUCUAGGGACUACAAAAUGGUAAACAUGAAUAGAUCCUCUAGAAAACCGAUGGGGUUACCAGUAGAACUGUGUUCGCCGCGUCAAACCCCAAAAGGACUUACCAAGAAAAAGCACGAUCAUCUUCUCAUGCUUGUGCAAUGGAUACUAGAAGCAUUUCAUGUUUUUUAUAAAAAUGUUCCUGUGCUGGGUCAACAAGGAGAUGAUGACAUCGACGACGAUUGUAUAUAUAUUCUCCAGAUGUCAUUUUGUGUUUCAUCCUAUGCUGCACCUAGAUUUUAUCAUCAUAGUAAAUAG